GGAUUUGGAGAAACAUUAGAGAAAGAAAAAAAAAAGAAAGUGUUGAUAAAUGAUAUGAAUGCCUUCACCACCACCAUUGGAUCUUGCAAUCUCUCGUAACAUCAACUUCAACCAACCGUUCGUUGUAGCUUCUUCUUCGCCAUUUCUUCUUUUCCUUUUUCCUCCUCGCCGGCGCUGUUUCCCCGCCGGCUUUUCUCAUUCCGUCCAACUUGAAGUGAAUUGGAGUGGCAUCAAUCGUAAAAACGCUUAAAAUUGAAGGUCAUUUUCCAACACACGUUAUCUUCCUCCUUUUUCCCCCUUCCCUUAUCAAAAUUCAGAUUCCCAUUUUGCCAUUUCAAUUUUUCAUUCUCCUGUUCCUGCUGAUUUUUUAUUUGUCCAACACUUUCCACCUUCACCCACUUGGAUUUUCUAGGUUUUACCCCUCUGGGCGUGUUACUGAAUCGUUUGUGCGUUUUUCGGGAUUGAAUUUGAACUCUGAAUCGGUUGCUUUUACUUGAUUUCCAGCUUCUUUUGUGUUUUUGGGCGGGGUUGAUUAAUUCUCCUUUUCUUUUCUUGGUUGAACUAUCAUUUUCGGAAUUUGAAAUUCGAGGCCUUGUGCUGUGAGUUGUGAAAUAUGAGUUAUCUGUUUUUCAUCGAGAUUUUUUUUGCCGAGGUUUUCGAUCGUCUGUCGUAAUUGGUCAAUCAAUUUUUUGGGGUUUUCUUUUUCUUGGAUUUUUUCUUGGGUUCUUUGUUAAAUUCAGCGUGUUCUCCGCCUUCCUAUGUGAUUCUGUAAGAAAUGCCGGACUCCAAUUUCGAAGACGCGAUGUACGGUUCCGGAGUCAUGGACAACGGCGGCCGGGAUUUGGGUAACAUUCAGAACAGAGUCGACGAUGAAGAUGACGACAUCAACGGCGGGGAAGAGUCCAUAGACAAUCCUCAGAUGCGGUUCGAAGACUCUGGGGGAAUGAGCGGCUCGGUCUCGGUAAUCAAUCGAGUUGAGGACGUUGUUCCUUCGACGUAUAUUUCCGGGUCUGAUUACAAUCCUUUGACUGGAAACGGCGGUGCUGACCAACUUACGCUGUCGUUCCGAGGGGAGGUUUACGCUUUUGAUUCUGUAUCGCCGGACAAGGUUCAAGCCGUGCUUUUGCUUUUAGGUGGAUAUGAAAUUCCUUCUGGUAUUCCUGCAAUUGGAAGUGCUCCCGUCAACCAACAGGGUGCCGAUGGCUUUACUGUCAGGUCGGUUCAACCACAAAGAGCUGCUUCAUUGAGUAGGUUUAGAGAGAAGAGAAAAGAAAGGUGUUUUGAGAAGAAAAUUCGCUACAGUGUGCGAAAAGAAGUAGCCCUCAGAAUGCAGCGGAAGAAGGGACAGUUUAUAUCCUCUAAAGCUAUAGGAGAUGAAGUGGGCUCAUCUUCAGUUUUGUCUCAGACGUUGGAUUCUGGACAAGAUGAUGGCUUGUUGGAGACCUCAUGUACACAUUGUGGAACCAGUUCAAAAUCUACUCCAAUGAUGCGUCGUGGACCUGCUGGUCCAAGGACUCUGUGCAAUGCAUGUGGGCUCAAGUGGGCCAAUAAGGGAAUUUUGAGAGAUCUUUCCAAGGUUUCAAACCCUAGCAUUCAAGAACCCUCUGCGAAAGAGAUUGAACAGAGCGACGGCGAGGCUGCUAACGAACACAAUGCUGCAAUUAAUGUGGAUAUUCUCACUUCUAAUGGAGACAAAAAACCACAAAAGGUACUGGUAGAUGUACAAAAGUUGAUUAACUGACUCUCUGCCAAGUAGCCUACUGGUUGAAGUAGGAGCAUUUGAGUCUUCCAACUAAAUUAUAUGGAAAAUUUUCAUGCUCUUCUCUGUGUGCACUUUAGAGAGUAUAAAGGAUCAACAGCAAUAAAAGAAUUGAUUCUCCAAUCAUGUAGCUGAAAAUAUAGAUGGAAUUUUCAGACAGUGGGGAGUGAUCAAUGCUUUUGCACUCUCCGAUGGCUUUUUGGUCAAAGUAGAAGAAGAAGAAGCUUCUCAUAUGAAAUUAGUAAGUUAUCUUAUUCUUCUCCUACAGUGUUUGGUUAAAGAUGUAUGUAAUCUUCCCCCAUGUGUAAGUGCAAUUAAAUGCUUCAGAUCAUAUAUUUUUUUCUUUUUAUCAUUUUUUCUUAUAGUCUAGAAGUAAAUAAAUACAAUAUAGUGUAAUUUUCUGACCUCUUAGCAGGGGUAGUUUAGUUACUUUGUAAUUAAGGCUAAGGCAAUAGUUAUAUUUGCUUCUCAUCUUUCCCACAUUAUAUAAUUUUAGAAGUAAAGUUGUUGGAUGGUUUGUAGAGGACUGAUGAAGGUGGUUUGAUUACCUCAGGAGCUUGUUUCCCCUUAGGGUUUGUAUUUAAAUAUUGUCCAUUUGUCGAUAUAUACGUUAUCAUUGAUGUGUAUAUCUAUAUAGCUAACUAAGAUAUUGAUAUCUAUGUUGACAUCUAUA